AAACCCCAAUGGCAAUAUAUCCCAAGGAAAUAAAGGAAAUUUAAAAAAUACAAUACACUAUAUAAGAAUGCUUAUUCAGAACAGCAACACAUGAUAAACAAUUGAAAACCAACAAUAAGGGAGUGGCUAGAUAAGGUCUAGCCUGAACCUUCCUACUCUUGGCCUAUAGGAAAUAUGUUAUUUAUUGAAAGGCAUAUCACAGUGUCACAAUAUCAUAUAAUCAAGUACAUAUAAAAUCAGGUUAAGGAAAAGAUAAUCUUCACAAGAUUUGGAAAGCCUGUGGGAUCAUGCUGUUUCCAGAAGAGGCCAGAGUGAGCCACCUGUCAUAUUUGCAUAGAAAUUUAAGAGGCGUCCUCAUACAGACUCACUUUGAUUCUCCUAACAACCCCCAAGUCCGCAUGCACGGAAGGUAUCAUUAACUUCGUUUUACUGGUGCAGAGGCCACGCCAGGGUCAGGAAUGACUGGCCCAGGCAGAGCCGAGUCUCGCCGCUUCCCAGCUGCAAGUCCAGCGCUGCCUGCCGGCUCCCGUCGGCCGCCGUCUACGGCUUUAGUUUGGCUUUCCUUUUCGCCUCCUACUUCUGCAAACGGAGCGGCGGACAGCGGAGCCCGGGGCACGGCGCCGGAGAGGUGGCUGCGCGGUCCCGGCCCGCUACCGUAGAGUCCGGAAGUGCGGCGGAGCCUGGCCGCACAGCGCGGGCAGGGUGGCGUGAUGGCAGCGGUGCUGGCCUUCAGGGUGGUGGCGGGGCUGGCGGCUGCGACGCUGGCGGCCCUGCUUUUGGAGCACUACGGCCUGGCUGGGCCGCCGUCGCCGCUGCCGAGGCCUCGAGGCGCCCCCAGGCCGCAGCCCGCGCCGGGCCCGGGAAACGGCCACAUCUUCUGGGGUCUGCAGAUAUCCGACAUUCACCUGAGCAGGUUUCGAGAUCCAGGCAGAGCGGUAGACUUAGAGAAGUUCUGUUCAGAAACUAUUGACACCAUUCAACCAGCUCUCGUCCUAGCCACAGGUGACCUGACAGAUGCCAAAACAAAGGAACAGUUGGGAUCCAGGCAACAAGAAGUAGAAUGGCAAACUUACCAGGGAAUUCUGAAGAGGACAAGAGUCAUGGAAAAAACCAAGUGGCUGGAUAUCAGAGGCAAUCAUGAUGCAUAUAACAUUCCAAGUCUGGAGAGCGUCAAGAAUUAUUACAGGAAAUACUCUGCUGUGCGCAAGGAUGGCUCUUUCCAUUAUGUCCACAGCACACCCUUUGGCAACUAUUCUUUCAUCUCUGUGGAUGCCACCCAAAGGCCAGGGCCUAAAAGACCCUUUAAUUUCUUUGGAAUUUUAGAUGAGAAACAGAUGGAGGAACUCUUAUCAUUAUCCAAGGAAAGUAGUCAGAGCAACCAGACAAUUUGGUUUGGACACUUUACAACAUCUACUAUCCUUUCUCCAUCCCCAGGGAUCCGGACAGUAAUGAGUUCGGCUACAGCUUAUUUGUGUGGGCACCUUCAUACACUUGGUGGACUAAUGCCCGUUUUGCAUACUCGUCACCUCUCGGGCACUUUGGAACUUGAGGUGGGUGACUGGAAAGACAAUAGAAGGUACCGGAUCUUUGCCUUUGAUCAUGACCUCUUUAGCUUUGCAGAUUUAAUCUUUGACAAGUGGCCUGUGGUUCUUAUCACCAAUCCUAAAUCAUUCCUCUAUAGUUGUGCUGAACAUGAACCAUUAGAAAGACUCUUCCAUUCCACACAUAUCAGAUUAUUGGCCUUUUCCUUAUCCCCCAUUACUUCUGUCACUGUUAAGAUUGACGGGGUUAAUUUAGGCCAAGCUACUCAUUUGUCUGGUCCUAUUUUCAUACUGAAGUGGAACCCCAGAAACUACAGUAAUGGAACACAUAACAUAGAAGUAUUUGUGCAGGAUUCUGCUGGAAGAAGUAAGAGCACUCAUCACAUAUUUUCUGUUCAAGAGAAUACUCAUCUCACAUUUGAUCCGCUGGCAUCAUUUGUUCUCCUUACUGACCACUACAUCGUGGCCCGGGUCUUGUUUGUGCUGAUUGUGCUGAUUCAGCUCACGAUUCUUAUCACAUUUAGAUACCUACCUUACCCAGAGCUUAAAGAACCUCCGGGAUUUAUAAAUCUGACUUCAUUUUCCCUUCAUAUCUUGAGCAAAAUAAACGUCUUCUACUAUUCAGUGUUGUUGCUGACCUUAUAUACAGUACUGGGACCAUGGUUUAUUGGUGAAAUAAUUGAUGGAAAAUUAGGUUGCUGCUUUUCCUUUGGGAUGUUUGUUAAUGGACAUUUCCUGCAAGGCAGUCUAACAUUUAUAAGUGGAAUUAUCCAGCUGGUGUUCUUUAAUGUCCCUUUAAUGGCUUACCUAUGUUGGAGCUUGCUGCAGCGUUGCUUUGGUCACAACUUCAGGUCUCAUCUCCACCGAGGAAAAUACUUGAAGAUUCUACCUGUCCACCUACUUGUGCUGCUGCUGUACAUAUGGCAGAUUUAUUCUUGCUAUUUUCUUCAUGUGACAUAUGGCACUCUAGCUUUUAUAUUCUCUCCUUUGAGGACCUGGUUGACACUGCUGACACCCGUACUCAUUCGUUGUGUGUGGACAUUGAACACCACUGAACUUGGAACCUUCAUGGUGCAGUUAAAAAGUCAUCUGAGCUCCUGAAGUCCAUGGCUUACUGUAAACUGGGAACCUGGCAGAAGUCCAGCCUCCACAUCUGUAGGCUGGACCUCUGCCCCAGAGGCAGAUGGAAAACCAGUAUCAGUAGGUGAGCUUCAGAGAGCUGCUGCUCCCUGAACAUUUGGAUGUUGGAAGUGUUACUACUGAUUCUUGCAGUGUGGACUGCAGAAAACGAUAAUGACUUGAUUCUUUCCUCCUCAGGGGACCAAGAGCCCUAAUCAAGGAGAUCCCGAGUAAGGGCUGUGUUGUGUGUUCAAAUACCUCAGACCUACUGUGUUUAUUAGGGUUAUCCUGUGCAAAACAUCCAGCCCAUGCUUGGAACUCAGCAGCUGUCCAGGAUGCCAUUUUGUACAUAGGGAACCUGUGUGGACUUGGGCUGGACCCUGACCACUUUUGAGAUUUUUAUUUCCCAGCCCUAUUUUCCCUCACCGUUAUGGGCUUUCCUCUUCCUUAGUCGGGAAUGUUUUCAACUAAUCAAAUGAAUAAAUGAAUGAUAAUAAAAAAUAUCUCAAACUGAA